AUGUCUUCGGAUGUGACAUGGACGUCAUCUGAAGGGUCGCUGGAGGAAUGCAUUGUUUCAUGGACUUCAUCAGUUUUGGUUCAUCCUGGCGCAGUGCAGUCGAUCCUCUCCCUGUUACCAUCUAUCUACUCGGAUAACGUCAAAUGGUUGGUCAGUGCACAGUACUAUUGUGGAUUACUCCUCAAAGCUCUCCUCAAGCCUGAGCGAAACCAGCAGCUCAUGUGUCAGGUGGAUAUGCCGAAACACUUGUUACAAAUCGCAUCAAAACUGUUUCUAUGCGAAAACCACAUUCUAUUGCAUCCUUUUUACUAUGUGUUGGAAAGGUUGUCGUACCAGUCCAUGCAGCCUUGCCAGUUGAGGCAUUUCUUGCGUCUUGACCUACCUUUGUGUUGUCGUAACCUUGACGAGACAGAGAAUGAAGAGCCGAUCAGACCUAACGAAGGUGGCCCCGUACCAUUGCAGAGGCGAACAAAUCCAAACAAGCUUGAUAAGCUAAAUUUCUUCAGGGUAAAGGCAUUAGUAUCGAUGAUGACUCCUCGAGAUCAGCGUCUCUCACAUGCACCAUCAUUCGUUGAAACUGAUUUGGCUAUGGAAGGAUUUGGCUGC